AUGGUGGCGAGGGAUAAGAAGAUGGGGUUCAAUAGAUCGACUGAUCCGGCUUGGGAAUCGAUACCGCCUCCCGCGAUAGCGAGAAAGAUGGGUCCUGUGGAGUUUAGACCGAACCCACCGACGGCGGCGACGGAGGGGACGGCGUUGACUGGAUCCGAAACGUCGUUUAUAUGGGGCAAGGAUACUGAAUCGACGAAAGUCGAUCCGAUGCUGCCAGCGUCGGCGGUAUUGGGUAGAGUUAGACCCGACCCUCCCGCAUAUAGGGAGGCGAAAUCAUCUUCGACAACAGAAGCUGCUACUAGCGCAGGUUCUGGCAUUAGUUGGUCGGCAACAUCAUCGUCAUCGGAUGGAGAGAAGGCAUCGUGGGCAGCUAAUCCGAGUGAAGCGAGUUGGAAGCCGCCUAGAAUUCGAAUGCAUAUGUCAGAUACACCCGCCUGGCAAGCCCCAGUUGAAUCUAAACAAUGGGCAGAAAAGCAAGCGAAGCCCCCCCGGCUACCGAAAUUUCGAAGCCAUGGUAUUGCGCGGACGGAAAGGGAUGAUUUUGACCAUAGAAUAAGCAAGUGGCCAACCCAAACAUACUCAGCCAUAGACGGAGAACUAGAACCUUGGAACGGGGAGCAGUCCGAACCAAUGGAAUCAGCUACGGAUAAUGGGACUAGUUCUGGAUCUGAGACCAGGGGGUACGAAGAACGAAAACGAUUUCUAUCGGAAUAUGAUGGUCGGCCGAAUUUCAGUAUACAUGGGGACAAUCGUCAUGGCGGAGUAUUUGGUGAUGAUCGCGAAGAAAUAACGGUAUUUAAGAAACCGGCGAGGGUUUUGCCAUAUUCGUCGGCUUCGUCGGAGUUCUUGUAUGGGUACAAUAUUUGCAAGCUGGCUAUGAAGGAGAAGAGGAGGAAGAUCUAUAAGUUAUAUGUUUACACUGGGCUGAUGAGGCAGUCUGGGACGAUUGAGAAAGAGAACCUUUUGAGAAGAAUGGCGGCGGAGAGUAGGAUACAUGUUGAGUCGACGAUGGAUGUGGGUUUGUUGGAUGCUAUGAGCAAAGGGAGGCCGCAUAAUGGAUUUGCAGUCGAAGCGGAGCCAUUAGAGAUCCCGAAGGUUGGACACUUAGUCGCACCCAGUAAGAUGGGGGUAUUUAAUGCUCCAGUUUAUCAAUCACCACAGUAUGUGCAAAUCAAAAUCAAAGGGAAGGACCGGAGACCGUUUGUUUUGGUUCUUGAUGAAGUGCUCGAUGGCGGUAACUUUGGCGCCAUCCUUCGAUCAGCAUACUUCCUCGGCGUCGACGCCGUCUUUAUCGUUUCUAAAAACUCUACACCUGCAACAGCUGUCACAUCACGUUCUUCGGCAGGCGCACUUGAAUGUAUAGAUUACUACGAUGUCGGCCAUCUCUCCUCAUUCAUCUCUCGCUCACAAGACCACGGCUGGAAAUUCUACGGCGCCAUGCCUUCCCCCAGUCAACAAGAUCUCAAAGCUUCAAAAACUGGGCCUAAAAAGUGGUACGACAUGGAAGGUUUAGGAGAUCCUACAUCUCGACAUCCGGUGGCUUUGGUACUUGGUAAUGAAGCGGAAGGGUUACGCCCAUCGAUUCAAAAGAUGAUGGAUGCAUUUGUUACGAUUAGAAGAGCGGAGGAAGUUGAUGUUGUGGUUGAUUCUCUGAAUGUCGGUGUUGCGGCUAGUAUAUUGACGCAUGCGUUCUUGUACCCGGCGGUUAAGGGGGCUGAAUCAGAGUGGGCGAGGGAUAGGAGAACUCAGAGGAGGGAGGUGGUGGCGGCGGCUAAGGAGAAUAUGUUGUUCCAGGUUGAUGAUGGGAAGUAUACGGCUCCCAGGUAUGAGGGGGUUAAUAAAGUGACGGCCGCUACAGCGGGGGCUGGGGUUGGGGCUUUAGGGGGAAAGCCGGCCCUAUGGGCUAGUUCGGAGGAUCAGGAGGUUGAGGAAGAUCCGCUCAAGGGGUGGAAUCCAGAUGAUGAUGUGGAUGAACCAUGGGAGGAGGUGGAAGAGAAUGGGGUUGAUGGGGCAGCUUUGAAAGACAUCCAAGGGGAGCUGGGUUUCAAGGAAGCCCGCAAAGUCUUGAUUUCUGAUAAUGAAACUUCUGAAGAACUUGAAAGGAAGAUGGCCGCAGAAGUUGCAUCUGAGUUUGUUCUUGACAGAUCUGAAAGCAACAAAUCCGACAACUUUAUCGAUACAGAAAAAGUCGAUAUAAUGGAAGAUACGUCAGAGAAAGUUGAACUAUCUACAGCCGAAGAAGAAGGAAUAGAAGAAGUGAAAUCCGAAGCAGAGAUAGAAGCAGAAGAACCCGAAGACGAAAUCUUCUGGGAAGACAUCCAUGGAUCAUUCGAAGAAGAUACCCGAGACCUAGCAGACUUUUCCCUUAAAAAAGAACUCAAGGAGAAAUCUAAGAAGAAAAAGUACGAAUGGGAAGAAAUCAAACCGGAAGAAAUCGACUUUACGGCUGGCCUUGUCGGUCCCCCACCCGUUACUAAACUCCCCGAUGCCCGUCUUAAGCCUAAGGAAAGCCCGGGUGGGGAGUCGGAGGCAAUUCUGACAAGAAAGCUAAAACCGAAUCCUCAAAUACCGAAGAGACUUCAAGAGAUAGCGGCUCAGAAGGGGGUAACUAUAACAGGGACGCCGACUAAAAAGCAAACAAAAAUGUUGAAGAAGGAAUCGAAAAAGUUACAGCAGCAAUUGAGGAAGAAAGUUAGGGAUGAUGCGUCGUCGGUACGGGAGGCGUUACACAAUAAGCAUGAUCCGAAGGUUCUAGUGAAGGUUCACGGGCAGAGUACCAAGAAUAACAGCGAUGUAAAUCAUGAAAGGAGCGAAGAGAGCAAAAAGGAGGCAGAAAAAUUAAAGGGGGAGAAGGAGAAAGAACAGAAGAGAACGGGAGGGAAGGGGAAAGCAGAGAAGAUAAAACAGAAGGGUAAGGAUAAGACGGAUUAUGUGAAAGCGGGGACAUGGAGUGUAUCUGAGAUUAUGCAGUAG